GGGUUCGCUGGGCUUCAAAGGUCGAACGUUUCGCAGGUUUUGCUAGAGCCAAGGCGUCAAACUAUUUAAAAUCAGCCAAAGACCAAGCCGUCGCAAAGUGCUGCUAGCGUCCUGUAACGCACUAGCAAGCAAAUUUCAGAUUUUUUUGAGUGUAAAAGCUGCCCGCAAACCGCCUCAGGCACAUACGCACGAAGGGGGUUGUCGCAAAAUAGUCUCCAUUUCCAGGCCAUGCUGCCCCAACCACACACGUGCACGAGACUGUGAGCCAUGGCAGACCUCUACGCGGACGCCGUCGACGCAGCCGAUGUGGAGCCAGAAUUGGAAGCAACGACAGAUUUUCCGGACGCACCGCUGCCGCUCAUCGAAGUAGUCGACGAAGAAGGAGAGCGGAAGCUGCGGCUCGUGCCCGAGACCGCGGACGUGAUCGCGGCGAUCGACGCGGAGCUCUGCGUCGUGGCCAUGUGCGGUCCGCACCGGUCCGGCAAGUCGUCGCUGCUGAACUGGCUGCGGGACCCGGCGGGUAGUCGAGGCUUCACCGUAGGCCACGGCACGUCGCGGCAGACGAAGGGACUAGACGUCUGGGGCCGGCCCGCCGACAUCGAGACGGAAAGCGGCGCGCCGGCGGCCCUGCUGCUCAUCGACGUCGAGGGGCUGGGUGGCUUGGGUGUAGACGCCAACUACGACCAGACAUUGUUCGCCCUGGCCGCACUACUAGCGUCAUCUUUGGUCUACAACUCGCCGGGCUCUCUCGACGAAGGAGCCAUUGCAAGUCUCGGACUCGUGUCGCGCCUCGCGCGGAAGAUCGAGGCGGACGAGGCAGGCGGCAACUCCGACCAUCUGCCCGACCUCUGGUGGGUGCUUAGGGACUUCGCGCUGGAACUCGUCAACGCGGACGGCUACGAAAUCGACAGCGACGAGUACCUCGAGAGUAGCCUUCGUCGUACGAAUAGACGCGAGAGCGACGAGUAUCGCGCCGCGAUCGCGCUCGCCUUCGAGCGGCGGAGGUGCGCGACGCUGCCGCGCCCCUACGAGGCCGAAUCGGAUCUCCGCGCCGACACGAACAAACCUCCGCGACCGGCCUUUGCGGCUGCUUUGGCGGACUUCCGGCGACGACUGUUGAGUGAAAGGCCGCGGCCGAAGAGAGUCAGGGGCGCUGCUCUACGCGGCAAGACCUUUGUGGCACUCGCAGCGACAUAUGUCGACGCAUUUAAUGCGGGAGCGACGCCCGUGGUCAGUUCGGCUUGGAUGGCCGUCGUCAAGGCCGAGUGCGACGCAGCCGUGGACGCGGGCGUCGCCGCCCACGCAGCGGCGUUACUCGCCGUACCGGACGACGCCCCUGAAGCUGCCUUCGCGGCCGCGCGUCUGGAGGGGUGCCGAGCCUGCGACGGGAUCGUGGCGGCGGCGUCGAACGACGCGGUGCUGCGCUCGAGCGUUGGCGACCGGCCGCUGCUAGACGCGCGGCGCCGCUGCGACCACGACUUCGCCGAAAACUUGAGGCGGCGGCGCGAUCGGUGCCGGACGGCCCUCUCACGCGCCACCGCGGCGGUCGAAAAGAAGCUAGCCCCUCGCCUGCGCGCGACGCGCGGAGAGGCGCACACAACGUGUACGCCAUUCGACGACGCCACGGACGCCGAACAGGCGGCCGCGGACGCCGUCUCUGCGACGGCGGCGCUCCAGACAGCGUGCGGUCCGGGAGAUGCCGGGUUCUUGGCGACGGCUGCGGUUCGCUGGGCCGCGGAAAACUGUAGGGCGCUGAUGGAGCGGCACGAUCGGACACGAGAUGCCGAAGCGCAGAGGGCCGGCGAAGAGAUCGCCUCGUUGCGGGAACGCGUCGCGUUUUUGGAGGGCGAGCAGAUAGCCAUGCGAGACGCGGCCGAGGAAGGUCGGAAGGCCGUCGCAUCGGCCCAGACGGACGUUCAGCGCCUAACCUCGCGAUGCAGCGCUCUCGAGGCCGACGUGAGUCGAAGCCGCGCGGCCUACGCAAACUUGGCCAAGGACGCUGCCUCGACGAAAGAGGCGCUCGCGGACGCCAACGCGAUGCUCGAGUCCGAAGGCAAGUGGUGAGAUCCCCGCGUCCAGAUCUAUCUUUCCGCCCCGGAUGACCAAUUGUCGCGCGCAGGCAAGCGCAGCUCCAGGACCGUCUCGACGCGACCAUCGAGGAACACCUCGAAGCGAAACGGCACUUGGUUGCUCGCGCGACGCGGGCCGAGGAGGCGGUAAGUUCGUACUCGAAGGCGCGGCGGCGCUACACGAUCCUGGACCUCCUGCUCGAGUCCACGGAGGACGCCGCGGCGCGAUUAGACGCGAACGCGAAGGAGCUCGAACGUUUUUUAGUAGAUCUCGACGUGCCAGUUGGCGCCUUGCGAAUCCUGCGCGACCUCGGGGCGCAGUCGGUGAGUGACCUGGCUUUCGUCGAAGCGUCCGACUUCGACGCCGCAGUCGAUCUGACGGACGUCCAGAAGCGCCGCCUCAUCGACGCCAUCGACGAGACGAAGCGACGGCUCGAGAAGCGGCGCGCGAGCACCAACGCGUGUACGAUUAGCUAG